AUGUUAGCUUCUUGUUGCUGUUCACAAAAACUCAGUACUGAACAACAAAUUAUUGUAGUAGCAAGCAAAAACAAAAGUAAAAUGGCGGAACCAAUUAAAGUUGUUGUAACUGGUGCUGCUGGGCAGAUUGCAUACUCUCUUCUCUACCAAAUUGCUUCUGGAGCUGUUUUUGGCCCAGAACAACCAGUAUUUCUUCAUCUCCUGGAUAUUGCUCCAAUGAUGGGAGUUCUUGAGGGUGUUGUCAUGGAGUUAGCUGACUGUGCUUUGCCCUUACUUGCUGGAGUGCUCCCUACUGCCAACCCUGAAGAAGCAUUUAAGGAUGUAGCAGCUGCAUUUUUAGUAGGUGCUAUGCCCAGAAAAGAAGGUAUGGAACGUAAAGAUCUCUUAUCAGCUAAUGUUCGCAUUUUUAAAGAACAAGGGCAGGCCUUAGACAAAGUGGCACGUAAGGAUGUUAAAAUACUUGUUGUUGGAAAUCCAGCCAACACUAAUGCUUUGAUUUGUUCUAAAUAUGCCCCAUCAAUCCCUAAAGAAAAUUUCACUGCCAUGACACGCCUUGACCAGAACCGUGCCCAAGCCCAAUUGGCAGCUAAAUUGGGGGUAAGAGUCCAGGAUGUUAAGAAUGUCAUCAUUUGGGGUAACCACUCCUCCACACAGUUCCCAGAUGCAUCAAAUGCUGUUGUCACAGUCAAUGGUGCUCAAAAGCCAGUGCCGGUAGCGCUAAAUGAUGAUGAAUUCUUGAAGUCCACCUUUGUCACAACAGUACAGAAGAGAGGUGCAGCUGUUAUUGCAGCUAGAAAAAUGUCCUCUGCUCUGUCAGCUGCUAAAGCAGCAUCAGACCACAUGAGAGAUUGGUUCUUAGGCACUGGUGAUCGUUGGGUCAGUAUGGGAGUUGUGUCUGAUGGAUCGUAUGGUACACCACGGGAUGUAGUGUUCUCAUUCCCUGUUACAGUCAGUAAUGGCAAGUGGAAGAUUGUUGAAGGCCUGACUAUUUCUGAUUUUGCCCGCAAAAUGAUUGAUGCAACAGGUAAGGAGUUGGAUGAAGAAAAGAAUGAUGCUUUGGAAGUAUGCAAGUAA